AUGGCGAAUCAAUAUAUUCCUAAAAAGGAAGUUACAACAGAGAUUUUGAGAUUUCAACCUCAAAUUUUAGAACCAACAUACAUUAAUAAUGUUAAUUCAAAUUAUAGGGGAGGGCAAAAUCAAGUUAACUCAAGAAUAGCUUCUUUAUCAAAAAAUACCAAUUUAAAUAUUAGCAACAAUCAAAAGAAUAUUCAAUUAAAUCAACAAUUUAUACAACAGCAACAACAACAAUUUCCACCAUUAUCACCACCAGAAUAUUUAGAUAAUCAACCACUACAUCAUAGUAAUAAUAAUAGUCAUCCAAAUAUUCAAUCACAUAAUACUAAUAAUAAUCAAUUUCCAAAUCUAUCAACAACACCACCUCUUGAUCAAAAUUAUCAAUAUCAUCAACAACAACAUCAUCACCAUCAACAACAACAGUUUCCUCCACAACCAUUUUAUCAUCCAAUUAAUUUUCCGAGUUCAUCAUCUAAUAGUAAUAACUAUCAAACAUUUACAUCAUCUACAUCUCCAACAACUUCACCAACUUGUAACUACAAUGUAAAUACAAAUUCACCACCCCAGCAACACCUACUAUAUAGUAGUAACAAUAGUGUUAUACUAGAUGGUAGCAAUGAUGCUCUCUCACUCAACAAUUCUUCAUCAUCAUACUCACUUUCACCACAAUUGUAUUCAACACCAUCAUCACCACCUUUAAACUUGGGUACUUUAAUUUUAAAUCAAUUUUCUCAUAAUCAUAAUCCAAACAUCGUCAAUCACAAUAAUAACUUGAAUAAUAACUUGAAUAAUAAUAACAAUAUACACAAUAUUAAUACACAUACAUACAGUAAUUUAUCAACACCUAAUUUAAUAUCAUUAUCAUCAACAAAUGAUAUAUUACCAACACCAUCAUCAACAUUUUCAAAUGUAACAUCAACCACCACAACAACAACAACCACAAAUUCAAAUCAUGAUGAAACAAUGGCACAAUCUUUAAUUAGUAUAGCAUCUGACGAUGCCAAUCUUGAACUGAUUAGAAAGAAGCUGAGCAAAGGUUUCCAUGGUAUGAUCACCAAUCUUUUGCCACUCUGUGAGGAAAUAGACAAACUUCGCGGUGCCACCAAAGAGAAGAACGAUAAAAUGACUGAGCUUCACGAGAGAGUCAAUUUAGUUAUCAAAAAGAUCUACAAAGAAAAGAAGAACAAAUUACCAUUUCCAGUGAAAACCAACGAGAAAAAAGAAUAUAUUGAUCUGAGGCCUAGAAGAAAGAGAAAGAUGAAUGUAAAAUAUAAAGAGAAUGAAGAGGAUAUGCAGUGUCAAAGAUGCGGUGUAACCGAGUCACCAGAGUGGAGAAAAGGCCCAGAUGGUUGUAAGUCUUUGUGUAAUGCCUGUGGACUCUACUAUGCCAAAGCCAAAAGAAAGGAGAAAGAGAGUGCACUCAACCAAAUUCAAAUGCAAUCGGCAUCCACCAACAACACUACCGGAACACCAUUCACCGGUCACACUUCCAACUCCAUCAAUAUUCACAAUUUGAUCAACAAAAGUGGUGGUAAUGUACCUGCUGUAACAACAUCAACAACAACAACAACAAAAACUACAACUGGUCGUACCGAUUUAACAAAUGCCACACCCAAAAGCAAACAAAACGAUAAUAGUAAUAACAAUAACAAUCAGAGUAGUAGCGGUAGUGAAUCAACUUGUUUAAUAGUUUUGAUUGUUGGUGCGAUUGGACAUGUUUCAUAUUUUUAUACAGAUUUAUUCACAAACAAUGUGACGAUAAGUGAAAUGACAUCGGAUCAGCGAGAGGAGCUCAUCCAGUCGACAUCAAAGAAACAUAAUAUUCGACCAACUAUUUUCGUAUCGAUGGCGGCAUACAGAGACAAGUUCUGCUCGGACACACUCAACUAUCUAUUCGAGAAUGCACAGCAUCCAGAGAAUGUAUUUGUUGGUCUGGUCGAUCAAGGUUCGGAACUACUCGAUCAAGAAACCACACCAAAAUAUCCAGACUGGCCAAACUCUCAUUGCUAUCGCGGCUUGAAUCUGCCGCCAGAACUCGUCAAGACAAACAUCCGGCGUGUAGCAAUGGAAAUCAAAGAUUCGGCAGGUCCCACCAAAGCGCGUUACGAAGCGUCGCUACUCUAUAGGAACGAGACCUACUACAUGCAGAUCGACAGUCAUUUGCGAUUCAUUAAACACUGGGAUACCUAUAUCCUCUCGAAUCACUGGUCGCUAAGAGACUUGGCGCCAGCCGGAAAGAAUGGAAUUCCGCGCGCCAUCCUCUCACACUAUCCACCACCCUACGAAGCCGAUACGCCAGGACUUCCACACGACGAUCAAUCGCAAGUUCCCAAGCUGUGUAAGGCGGUGUUUAACGGUCGUGGACUGAUAACAUUCAACGCCUACACACUGCGGGCAACCAAGAUUCCCGCAGAGUCGCCAUUCGUCGCCGCCGGAUUCUUUUUCGGAACCGGUGAAUUCCUCGAGACCGUUCCAUACGACCCACAUCUCCCAAAUAUGUUUGAGGGUGAAGAGAUUCUACAUACCGUUCGUAUGUAUGUCAAUGGCUAUCGAUUCUUUGCACCGACAAUCAAUAUUUGCUAUCACUACUACACAAGACAAGGACAACCAAAGUUCUGGGAGGACAACAAUAAGUACUGGGUCGAUAUGCAAAACAGCGUCGAUCGUGCCAAAUAUAUUUUAGGACUCAACAACACAGAACUCGAUCUUUCACAAGCGAAAUAUCAAGAUAUCGAUCGAUACAACAUUGAAAACAAGACUUUGGUUUCAGAAUAUUGGAAACAUUAUGAAAUCGAUUUUGAAAAGAAUGAAAUGAAUUAUCAAAAAUGGUGCGAUUAA